AUGCGCGACAUGUCGUCCAAAUUCAUCGAGAUCAUUGACCUCAACGAUACUCGUCCACGCAUCUCAGACUGCGAUGUCCGUCUCGAAGACGUCCUCGCCGACCACGAAGCCUUCGUCACCCGACCGCGCUCCUCCACUCAAUCCUCCUCAAAGCCCAGUCUAGACAAAGACCGUCUAGACCGCGAGCAACCCAACUCUCCCACACAACGCUGGAAACGUCUCAGCACGAUGCUCGUCCCAGCCAGAAGAGGCUCCGCUUGA